CAGUAGGGUGUUGUGGGUUGGUUAUAGCUAGUGGGCUCACGUCUCACGCUAGGGUCUUGACCCUACUCAAGUCGGCUGGUACUUUUGUUACAGGACCUACGGUCUACUGCACUGCACUCCCAGAGACGUUACCUUCGGGAAACUAUUCAUCAGUCCGCGGGAUCAGCGGUGGAAUGGGUAGACAACUAGUUCCUGGCUGUCAGCAUCUUCAAGAAUCUACUCUGGGCCCAACACAUUGAUGCACACACUAAGAAAGCACGUCCGAGGUUCUACUUCAUUGGAAGUUUGAGGAGAUUUGAUGUGGCAUGGAAUCCUUUGUGUUUAAAAAUUUAGAGUUACUGCAAGAAGAAAGAGCAGCUGAAGUUGAAGAAACCAGAGAAUGGCGGGAAAAUGUCUCUGUGAAAAAACUUCAGCAGCGAGGAGUAUGUCUGCUGAAGCUUCAGGUGGCAAGCCAGAGAACUGGACUGUAUGGACGCUUCAUUGUCAGCUUUGAACCUAGAAAGUAUGAAGCCAGUGCAUCGUUGCCCAGCAAUAACUUUGGUCCUGGGGAUAUUGUAGGUUUAUAUGACAAUCAAGGCUCCACUUCUUUGGACCAACUUGCAUCUGGUGUUGUAACACGCAUCACUCAAAAGUCAAUCACUGUGGCUUUUGAUGAAUCCAGUGAUCAGCUAAACUUCAACAAUGACUCUUCCUAUAAACUUUUAAAAUUGGCUAAUGAUGUCACCUAUAAAAGGCUGAAAAAUGCUUUAAACGCCUUAAGUCAAUAUCAUGCUGGACCUGCUUCCAACCUCAUUGAUGUCCUGUUUGGUGCUUCUGGGCCAAGUUCUCCAUCAGAAAUUCAAAAAAGUCAGGAGCUGUACAAUCCCUGUCUGGAUGACUCUCAGAAAGAAGCUGUAAAUUUUGCCCUGGCACAGAAGGAAGUGGCAAUUAUCCAUGGCCCUCCUGGUACUGGGAAGACGACUACAGUUGUAGAAAUAAUUCUGCAAGCCGUAAAACAAGGUCUAAAGGUACUUUGCUGUGCUCCUUCCAAUGUUGCUGUUGACAACCUUGUUGAACGUCUGGUACAAAUAAAAGCAAAGGUUUUGCGAUUAGGUCACCCUGCACGAUUGCUCGAGUCCAUACAUCGCCACUCUCUGGAUGCUGUAUUAGCACACAGUGAUAACACCCAAAUAGUAAUGGAUAUUAGAAAAGAAAUUGAUCAGGCAUUUGUAAAAAUGAAGAAGGCACAAGACAGAGGCCAGAAAGUCCACUUUCGUGGUGAGAUCAAGACUUUGAGAAAGGAGCUGAGAGCAAGGGAAGAGGCGGCUACUGUACAGAUACUAAAAAAAGCCAGCGUUGUCUUGGCAACUAAUACAGGUGCUUCUGAUGAUGGUCCAUUGAAACUCUUGCCAGAUGAUUAUUUUGAUAUUGUGGUGAUUGAUGAGUGUGCACAGGCGUUGGAAGCGAGUUGCUGGAUACCAUUAAUGAAGGCCCCAAAAUGUAUCCUGUCUGGAGAUCACAAACAACUUCCUCCAACCAUUAUUUCUAACAAGGCUGCUGCUAAUGGCUUAUCACUCAGUUUGAUGGAGCGGCUAAUCCAGAGAUAUGGUGAGCGGGUUGUGAAAAUGCUGACUGUACAGUAUCGAAUGAACAAUGCUAUAAUGCAGUGGGCUUCCAAACAGAUGUACGACGGACGACUUGUGGCUCACGAGAUGGUGGCAGCACACCUGCUAAAGGAUCUGCCAGGGGUUGUUUCCACGGAAGAAACAGUGAUUCCAUUGCUUCUAGUUGAUACCUCAGGAUGUGGUCUGCCUGAAAUUGAUGAAGAAGAUGAACAAUCUAAAGGAAAUAAGGGUGAGGUUCAAAUUGUGGUAAAGCAUAUUCAAGCUCUGACUGAAGCUGGCGUCUGUCCGAAGGAUAUUGCUGUGAUAACGCCAUACAAUUUGCAGGUACAACUCCUGAGAAAAGAACUCUCCAGCAAGUACCCAGAGCUGGAAAUUAAGUCUGUAGAUGGGUUUCAAGGAAGAGAAAAAGAGGCUGUUGUUUUAUCCCUCGUGAGAUCCAACAGAAGAGGUGAAGUGGGCUUUCUGGCUGAAGACCGAAGAACAAAUGUAGCAGUAACUCGUGCGCGACGCCACUUGACGGUGGUUUGUGAUGUAGUCACGGUCAGCACUCACCCAUUUUUGAAAUCCCUAGUCGACCACAUCACAGAACAUGGGGAAGUACGGACUGCUUUUGAAUACUGUGAUGACAUUGUGUCAGAACACUACUCACAUCCAGUCCUUCCAGCUGAACAAAAGAAAACAAAAGAUCAUUUAGUGCAAAAAAGCGACAAGGGCUCAAAUAGUGACAAAAGUGUGAUGGUCUCAAAAGUAAAUAAAGAUUCAGCAAACCAUAGUAGUCAAAAAGCGGAAAUUAGUAAGAAGAAUGCAGAUCUAGAAAGCUGCAAAAUACAAAAAGAGAAUGUCAUUUCAGAAACAAAAGAGAAAAGUACCGAGACUAUAAAUGUAAAAGAUAACUCUGGGAAGCUUAAGGAUCAAAUAAUGCGAUUUAUAGAGGAUAAUGCAACAAAUAAAUUUGAAUUUCCUCCAUCACUCAAUUCUCAUGACCGUUUGUUAGUGCAUCAGAUCGCAGAAGAGCUUGGUCUUGAACACUUUAGUGUGGGUGAAAACAGAGACAGGUUUAUUGUCGUGGCUAAAUCAGGUUUCAUGGAAAGGCAAAAACAACUCCACUGUCAGGUAGACCAAAAGUGGGUGGGUGUGCCUCUCAAACAGAGUGAUUGUGACCCUCAAAUUUCUGUGGAAAAUGAAAAAGAACAGAUUCUUGUUGAGAAGGAAGGACCACAGGACAUUAGUUCUUGUGCUUCUCAAUCUAAGCUGGAUCUAAAGACUCUGCAUAUUGAAAGGAUGCAGCGGGAACAAGCCAAGAGAGAGGAGCAAGCAAGGCAGAAGCAGAAUUCUACUAACACUGCUUCUCUGAAAUCAAAAAAUAAAAAACAUGGGAAAACCAAAGAUGGCCUUGCAAGUGGCACAGAAGAGGACUUCGAUGCGCUCAUUGCUGCAACAAUAAAAGCAGACAGUAUUUGUGCUUAUUUGAAGUGCAGUGGGAGUGUUCGUACCAUUGGACAACAUUGCAUCCACUGUAACAAACACUACUGUCUCAGCCAUCACAUCCCUGAGGUUCAUGGAUGUAGUGCACAUGCCAAAGCACACGCCCGAAAACUCAUCAGUAGAGAAGGUGUUCUAUACGCAGGCAGCAGCUCUAAAGACAAAACAUUAGAUCCAGUGAAGAGGGCUCAUCUGCAGAGAAAACUGGGAAAGAAAAUUGAUCAGUUAGCUAGCCAACGAAGUGCCAAAAAGGAAAGUAAAAAUUGAAGUACGAUGCUGUACCAUAAAUUUAUUUAAGAACCUAUUUAUUUCACAUUUUCUAUUAUCAACAUAACUUCUAGAAAACAGUAAUAAAUAUUUUUGAUUACACUAAAAUAAUUAUGGAAAGUAACUUUGGCUCUUCUGUGAAUGUUAUGGAUUGUAUAGUAAUGGGUAUUGUUGAGGCACAGUUUCCCAUUCUUUUAGUGGCAACUGAUGUUGGAAAAGCCAGCAAAAACUACAAGUCAUAAUCCAGGCACCAAUUCCACUGUGAUGGAUAGCAAUCAUCUGUAGCAAUCAGGUGGUCAUUAUUGAUCAUUUAACUGUGUUUGAAAACAUCUGUAACAUAAUGGAAAUUGACAGAUUGGGACUACUUAUUUCCAAAUGUCUUACUGAUCAGUAAAAGUAUUAUAAAUAUUUGUCGAUAUCUACAGAACUAUUUUCUAUUUCCCCAUUUAAGAAAUAAACUUAAUUAAUUUCUGACUGAGCUCCCCUAACUGUGCAAGCUAUUAAUACACCUCCAGACUUGCAUGCUUCCACAGUUGUUCUAAGAGAUAACAUUGACUAUGAGGAGAACUUGAACAGGGGUCUUAAAGGAUAGGUACCCAAGUUCAGGUAUUUCAAACUUCUAAGGAAGUAGAGGCGCUUUCCUCAUAAUUGCACUUAUGUGCUUGGCCCAGGACAGAUUCUCUGAAAUGAUUAACACUGAGGAAUUUAAAGUGGCUGAUCCUCUUCACCUUUCUGAUUCUCCAGUGAGGACUGGCUCACUGGCUCCGAUUUACUCCUUGUGAAGUCAAUCUUCAGCUCUUUGGUUUUGCUGACAUCGACUGAGAGGUUGUUAUUAUGACACCAUUCAGCCAGAUUUUCAAUCUCCCUCCUGUAAGCCGAUUUUUGAUUCGGCCAAUGACAGUGAUGGCUUUAGCAAACUUAAAUAUGGCAUUGGAGCAGUGCUUAGCCUCACAGUCAAAAUAUAUAUCGAGUAUAGCAGGAAGCUAAGCACACAGCCUUGUGGUGCACCUGUUCUGAUUGAGAUUGCGGAGGAGAUGCUGUUGCAAAUCCAAACUGACUGCGUCUGCAAGUGAGGAAAUCCAGGAUCCAAUUGCACAAGGUGGCAAUAAGGCUAAGGUUCUGAAGCUUAUUGAUUAGUUUUAUGGAGGAAAUAGUAUUGAAUACCGAGCUUUGUCGAUAAAGAGCAUCCUGAUGUAUGCAUCUUUGCCAUCAGUCCAGGGUUGAGUGAAGAGCCAAUGAAAUGGCAACUGCUUUGCAAAUAUAAAAUAUAUAAAGUUUACUUAAAAUGAUCCAUUUUUGCUGACCAAUGCUUCAAUGAAAUGUAUGGAUUUUGAAACAAAGGCAUGGAUGUCAUAGUUGAAAUGGUAAUUAAAGUCCAGUUGCAUGGUCUUUACACUGUUAGAAGGAUAGAAACUUCUGAAGUACUGCAUGAACAUGUGGAAUGAAAGCUGUAAGUUAUUGCCCAUGAUUUUCUGAUUCCCCUCCCUCUCAAAGUGUGUUGUUUUACAAAAAUUUCAGAAAUUCUAAUUUUACUUGAGAAUUGUAAUUCCCUCAUUUCAAAUAUUCCAGUAAAAUUAUUUUUUGUUGAAUUGAUAUCUCAACUAUCUUAGUUAUAUUUAUUUUGAAUAUUAUAUACUGUUUAAAAAACUGACUCAAAUUGCCCUUUCUCAAAUUGUGCUGGUUGCAGUCUGUGUGUGUUUAAUCAGAUUGCUGAUAGCAACUUUUAUCAUGGAAGAGAAAUGCUUUUUAUUGAAGUUAACACCAUCACUUCAGUCAUGACUGCAAAAUUUGGACUUGAAUCUCUUGCUCUAGGAACAAAAUGCUGGCUUGUCUAUUAUUCUAGACAUUGAUUAAUGAAAAUAAAUGCAGAACAAAUUAUUCUUU